ACUUUUCCAGUGCCUGCUUAACCAGUUCUUCGCCAAGUCCUAUUGCUCUCUCGCUAUCGCUGGAACUGAUUUGGGUGCACUGGGCAGAAGAAGAUGAAGCUAAAUAUGGCUCUGGGUUUCAUUUCACUUAUGCUGUGCGUGUUUUUUCUGGGAUCUCCGGUUGCGGUUAGAUCAGUAUCGGCAUCUCUCAAAGACCCUUUUAUCGGAAUUGCUCCGGAAGAUGAGAAGUAUUACAAGACGUCCUCGGAUUUAAUAAAAUGUAAGGAUGGAUCCAAGAAAUUCAGCAAAGCCCAGCUCAACGAUGACUUCUGCGAUUGCCCUGAUGGCACUGACGAGCCUGGUACAUCGGCAUGCCCUGCUGGAAAAUUCUAUUGUCGCAAUGCAGGACAUGCCCCUCUUUUCUUAUAUUCUUCUAGAGUGAAUGAUGGUAUAUGUGAUUGUUGUGAUGGGAGUGAUGAGUAUGAUGGUAAGGUGAAGUGCCCAAAUACGUGCUGGGAGGCUGGCAAAGUGGCUAGAGAUAAGCUGAAGAAAAAGAUUGCUACAUAUCAAGAGGGGGUCACUUUACGAAAGCAGGAAGUUGAACGAGCAAAGCUCGGUUUAGCCAAAGAUGAGGCAGAACUGUCAAAGUUAAAAGACGAGGAGAAAAUACUGAAAGGGCUUGUUCAACAGCUUAAAGAGCGUAAAGAAGAAAUUGAAAAGGCAGAGGAGAAAGAACGUUUACAGAAAGAAAAAGAAGAGAAGGAAAGGAAGGAGGCUGAGGAGAAGGCUAAUAAGGAAGAAAACAAAGCUGAGCAGGAAGCUAAUCCGGAUAACACUGCAGCUGUGGAGAAUACUGACAGUGAAGAAAAACCCACUGAUAGUAUGCAUGACGACGAGAUUGGACUUUUGGAGGAUUCUUCUUCAUAUCAGGAUGUGGCUAAGGACAAUGAUGAGCCAGCAGCCGAAGUUGAGAACAGUGAUACUCCAGGAAGUGAAGGAUCCCUGGUUAAUGAAGUAGAACAGCCUGCAGCAGAAGCAAAGGAAGAGUCUGCAGUUUCACCUGAUUCUGGAAGCAAGGGAAAUGAUGUAUCUGAAAAUACUGAGGGGUUAUCAAAGGAAGAGUUGGGUCGCCUUGUUGCGUCUCGCUGGACAGGAGAGAAUACUGCAAAGCAAACAGAAGAAGUUGAUGCUACAAAAGACAAUGAUCAUGAAGAGAUGCCUGGGGGCACACAUGGUGAAGAAUCUGAUGGCUACGCUUCUGAAACCGAUAAUGACAACGGAAGAUAUGAUGAUGAUAAUGAUGAUGUAGAAGAUGAGGUAGAUGAAGAUUUUAGGGAGGAGGAUCAUGAUGAAUCUAGUUCUUCGUACAAUUUUGACUCAGAAAUUGAAUCAGACUUGUCAGAUAUAACAACCCCAAGUAACCCAUCUUGGUUGGAGAAGAUACAAAAGACUGUACAAAACGUUCUACGUGCUGUUAAUUUAUUCCAGACUCCAGUGAACCAGUCAGAGGCUGCUCAUGUACGCAAAGAAUAUGACGAGUCCAGUGCCAAGUUGUCUAAAAUUGAGUCAAGAAUAUCAAGUUUGUCACAAAAGCUGAAACAUGAUUUUGGGCCUGAGAAGGAGUUCUAUUCAUUCUAUGGACGUUGCUUUGAGGGCAAGGAGAACAAGUAUGUUUACAAAGUCUGCCCAUAUAAACAAGCUUCCCAGGAGGAGGGGCAUACUACAACUCGUUUGGGGCGCUGGAACAAAUUUGAGGAUGCAUACAGAGUCAUGAUAUUUUCAAAUGGUGACAAAUGCUGGAAUGGGCCUGAUAGAAGUCUGAAGGUCAAGUUAAGAUGUGGGCUGCAAAAUGAGGUUGCUGACGUAGAUGAACCAAGUCGAUGCGAAUACGUGGCAUUGUUAUCUACCCCAGCUCUUUGCCUUGAAGAAAAGCUGAAGGAACUACAACAUAAACUAGAGUUGAUGAAUAAAGAACAGCCACAGAACCAUGAUGAACUUUGAACAGUCUUGAUGGAUUUGCCUGCGAAUACUAUAGAGUAAGCUGACUGGUGAAAGUGAUCCUUUGCUUAUGGAGACUAAUCUUUUCAUUCUUGAAGAUACAGAGAGGUAUAAUGCGGCUUUUGGCAGGUAGUUUGAAGAGUUUCAAGCAACACCUGAAGGUGGCCUCCCGUAAAUUUUUCUUUUUUGGAUGUGACGGUUGUUCUUUCGGGGGGAUGGAUUGAGGCUUGGGAGCCCUCAUUGCUUGUUUGGGUUAGCUUAAACUGAAACUGAUAUUGAUAUACAUUCUUGUACUCAGAACAGCGGUUCUUUUUCCUACAUCUGCGACUGUCAAAAUUUGCUUGUCUUAUUAUAUAUUAUAUUUUGGAAAGCCCUUUCAUUUGA